AGUUCACAGUUGAGAAUCAGGCCUUCAUCUCUAAGCAUUGUGUCCUUGAAGAGCGACAGCUCCAAGGAUGAAAUGCCUUUUUUUGCUCCUGAAACACCUCCAAGGUUCAUACUGAUCUGCUCCUCGCCCGCCUGACUGUUCACUCCUGGUUCUCAUGCCACUCAUCUGUCUUCCCUGUAGCUCUUAAGCUAGUCAGUUUCUCUCACUGCUUGUUGGACCUUCAAUCAAGUUUCCUUUUCACCUUUAUUUUUCCUUUUUUAUGUUCAUUUCUUCUGCACCUGUAAGUUUUCUUCACUCCCUUUUUUUAAAUUAAAAAAAUAAUUUUUACAAACCUCCCCCUACCUUUUUUACAUUUGUGUCCUCAAACAACACAUACAUCUCAUCUCUUAAACUAUAUCUAUUGAGUCCUUAUUGUGACUGACAUAUACCAAAACAGGAAUUUUGAUGUUUUGUUUGUCCUGUUUUAGCCAAGCACUGCAUUGUUCAAUGUGCAACAAGGAUUCAGCAGACCAAGACCCAAUGCAUUGUGGAUGCCGGUUAUGCAGAGAGUGUGCUGCCUCAGAAUCACACCGAUCUCCUUCAACAGUGGACACAUGUUGUCCAAAAUGUGGAAAGAAACCCAAAAGAACAGAUGGAGAAGAAGACAUUUCAAAACUAAAGAAGAAGCUUCAAAAAGCCAUGCAAAAUAAAUUUUCAGUCACAGGUGAAGGUAAUGGUGACCAACAAAUUUCACUGAAAAGUAUUUUCACAACUCUCUACAUCAUCAUUGGUGAGAAUAAAGAACUUUCUGAAGAACAUGAGUCCAGACACCUAAAAGGCAGUAUUCAAACAUCAUUGGAUUCCUCAGUGAACCUCACUGAUAUCUUUAAACCUUUGACAGACCAGGAGAACCCCAACAGAAUAGUCAUAACUAAGGGAAUUGCUGGAAUUGGAAAAUCUUUUUCUGUUCAGAAGUUCAUCCUUGACUGGGCUGAAGAGAAAGCAAACCAACACGUUGAUUUUGUUUUCUGUCUUACUUUCCGAGAGUUGAAUCUGGUUACAAGAAAGAAAAGCCUCAAUGAGUUGCUGGUAGAGUUUUAUCCAGAGCUCAAACCCCUGAAAGAUUCCUUGGCUUAUGCCAAAGCAAAGGUAAUUGUGAUCCUUGAUGGCUUGGAUGAAAGCCGACAUCCACUGGACUUUCAGGACAUGAAGACAGUGUCGUCUCUCAGGGAUGCAACAUCUGUCGGUAACUUACUCGUAAACCUCAUCAAAGGUAACCUUCUUCCUGAAGCAAACAUCUGGAUAACAUCCCGUCCAGCAGCAGCCAAUCAGAUCCCUGCUGAGCAUGUCAACAUGGUGACAGAAAUAAGAGGAUUCACUGAUCCUCAGAAAGAGGAAUAUUUCAAAAAGAGAUACAGUGAUGAUCCGAGUCUUGCUGAGAAAAUAACGUCUCAUAUCCAGUCCUCGCAAAGUCUUGACAUCAUGUGCCAGAUUCCAAUCUUCUGUUGGAUUUCUGCUGUUUUAUUCCAGGAGCUCUUUGGUGGAGAGCCAGACACUGACAUCCCUCAGACUCUGACAGAGAUGAUGGCACAGUUUGUUUUUGUUCAAACAAAACGCAGAAGCAGAAAAUAUGAAGUGAAGAGUGAGACACACAAAGGAAAUCUUCUACAGACACACAAAGAGUUUCUUCUUAAACUUGGGAAGCUGGCAUUUAACCAGCUUCUUGAAAAUAAAUUAAUCUUUUAUGAGGAAGACCUGAGAAAAAGCGAUAUUGACACUCAAGAAGCGUCCAUCUACACUGAGUUUUGUAACACAGUUCUUAGAGAAGAAGAAAUCUUCUACCAGAGAAAAAUCCACUCCUUUGUGCAUCUGACAGUCCAAGAGUUCUUUGCAGCUCUCUAUGUUUAUGAAUGUUUUGUAACCAAUCAAACCAAACAGCUUGAGAAGUUUCUUGAUUUGGAGGACAAAGACCAUGCUUUAGUUGAUCUUGCAAAGAAGACAGUUGAAAAAGUCCUGCAGAAGAAGAAUGGUCAUUUAGAUUUUUUCUUGCGAUUCCUCCUUGGUCUCAUGGUUGAACCCAACCGAAGAGCCCUUCAGGGCAUGUUGACAUCCGUGGACCCAAAUGACGAUACAGACAAGAAAGUCUUGACUUACCUGAGAUCAAUCCGAAGAAAGAACUUGUCUCCAGAUAGCUGCAUCAACAUUUUUCAGACCAUGGUUGAGAUGAGAGAUAACAAACUCAAAGACGAGAUUCAAGAAUAUCUUAAAAUGGAUGACCGUCCUAAAAGAGAGUUGACUCCCCUGCACUGCUCAGCCCUGGCAUACAUGCUGCAAGUGUCCAAGAAUGAACUGGAGGAGUUGAAUUUAAAGAGUUAUAACACAACGGAUGAAGGCAGGAGGAGACUCAUUCCAGCUGUGAGAAGCAGUAAGAAGGCAGUGUUAAAGGACUGUAAAGUGACUGGAGAGUGGAUUGGACAUCUGGUCUUUGGUCUAAAGUUUUCAUUUUCACCACUGCAAGAUCUGGACCUCAGCAACAACGAUCUGAAGGAUUCAGGAGUGGAGAUGCUCUGUGAUGGACUGUCCAAUCCUGCUUGCAAACUCAAAAUAUUGAGGUUGUCUGGUUGCCUCAUCACAGAGAAAGGAUGUGAACAUCUGGCCUCAGCGCUGAAGUCCAACCCGUCCCACCUGGUUGAACUGGACCUGAGCUACAACAAUCUGGGAGAAACAGGAAAGAAGCUGAUUUCUGACUGUCAGCUCAAAAAAUUCAAGUCCGAUCAUGAUGGACCCCAUCGGAUGAAACCAGGAUUUAAGAAGUAUGCCUCCACACUCACCCUGAACUCCAGCACUGCACACAAGAAGCUGCUUCUCUCUGACGGGAACAGAAAGGUGACCUGGGUGGAGAAGGAGCAGCCUUAUCCGGACCACACAGAAUGGUUUGAUCGAUGUCUGCAGGUUCUGUGUGAACAGGGCCUAAAGGAGCGCUGCUACUUUGAGUUGGAGCUGGUGGAGCCCUGCGCCGUUGGCUUAACGUACAGCAGCAUCGGCAGGAAAGGAGAAGGAGAGGACUGCAAGUUGGGCCUGAAUGAUAAAUCCUGGUGCAAGAUUUGCUCAGAGGAAGGUUGCCACAUACAGCACAAUGGUAACAGAGUUUCAGUUUCCUCUUUGCGCUGCUCUCGUGUUGCAGUGUAUCUGGAUUGGGAAGCUGGCAGCAUCUCUUUCUACAAAGGUUCUCAUGACAACCUGACCCGACUCUACACCUUCAAAGAUAUAACAUUCAGAGAGGCUCUCUAUCCUGCUGUCGAACUGUUUCCUCACUCUUCUGCUGCGUUUUGUCAGAUAAAAUAAGAUGUUUUAAUGUAGUACGGGGGAUGUAUAUACAUUUUUAUAAUCCACAUUAAAAUAUGGUUCUUACACUGUUUCAUGUCGUAGUACAACAGUUUUUUAAAUAAGAAAAUAGAUGUUCUAUUCCUACUAAAGCUCAUGCAAAGUAAAUCACAUAAAAGUCAUUUAACAUGGUAGCUUGAAACACUGUAAACCCACUACAGAGUGGAUUGAACUUCUAGUCUUUGAACAAAAGUUUCUAUUUUUCCCACCAAGAUCUGGAUCUGAUGGAUUCAGGUGUAAAACCUCCGAUGCCUGUGGAGUCCAUGCUGCAAACUCAAAACACUGAGGUGAACAUACAACUGGAGUUUCUUAUCUAACGGAAAUUACAUAGUAAUAUUGCUUCUUAAAGAGCAAUAAACUUUAAAUUCAAAUGAACACUGGAGCUGGAAGAGAUUUUAAAUAUCCAAGAUAAAUAAACAAAACAACAGAAACAACUAAUAAGAUGAAUUAUGAAACCUCUGUAAGCAAAAUUGUCCUUCAUAAAAAGGAUUAAUUGAGGCCAAAGUGCCAGACUGGAGACUUUUUUGUUGUUGUUGGUAGAAAGAAAAAAGAGAAAAUGAUAAAUUACUGAGCUCAAUUUAAUUUAUUGUAUGAAUAAUUAUUUUAUUGCUUUUUGUGACAGGCCUAUGUAAUACAGUACAUAAUAUAUAAUGAAAAUGAGGUUUAGUUAUCAGGUGUGUUAAACAGCUGCUUGCAGGACGAUUCGUUUAUUGAUUAAAAUGACUAAAUGUUUGAUUUAACAGAAAAACUAAAACAUUUUUUUGACUCUCAUCCUGUCUGAGGUUUUGUUUGUGCUUUUUUAUUAAAUGUAAAAUAGUAUUAUGAUCGGUUUUUAGAACAGUAUUCAGGUAAACAUCAGUAAAACAACUUUCUUUUGAGUGUUUUGUAAAUAUUUAAAUGAAUUUUAAUGGUAGACUGUUGUACUCCAACACUGUAGAUGAUGAAUCUAACGUCAAAUUAGUUUGAUGUUGAAUAAUAUCUGCAAUUUAUAUUCUUACAAUUUUAUACAAAAAUGUUAAUUUGUGUUUGUUGGAUAAAUUGUGAUGUUAUUAAUCAAAUAUUUGUAUUUUUAUGUAACUUUAUAAUGUGUCUUUUCUUAUAUGCUUUUAUUGUUUAAUUUCAUCUUAGCAUUAAGAAUGUUUCUGUAUUGUUGAAUUAUUCUGAUUCUGUUCUCAGAAGGCCUCACUGAAGGAAAGCAGAGACAACAGGUUUCUGCAGGUUUAUCUCUCAGCGGGAAGCAAGGCCUCUUUGACCGGCUAGAUUGCUAUAAAACUGAUCAUGAAGAUGUACAACUUGUUCUGUUUAACUCUGUGUCUGGAACGAGACUAUCUAGUGUUAGAUACCUUGAGUUUAGUUUUAGUUAGUGAUUGUCAUUGGCGCUGUAGCUAUGUGAUGAAGUGUUUUCCCCUCCCUUUAGAGCUACAGCGUUCUUUGUGAUUAAGGAUCCUGAAAACAAUAAAAAGAGAGGAGCAGGCAAAUGUGGUUUCAGACGGUAGGAGAUUGUGACUGAAAGCACAUCUCUGUCUGUUCUCCUCACGAGUCAGAAAGAA